AUGGGCCUGUCCUGUCUUCUGGCUCUAUUCUGCCUAUCGGUGCUUUGCUUCCGUGGCUGUGGCACCACUCCUUGUCCCGAACUGUGUCGCUGUUAUUCUCGAGAAAAUGUACGUGUAAUGGACUGUUCGCAUUCCACGCUGCAAAGAUUUGUUCCCUUCGAAACGAUUCUCAACGAUUCGCAGUCCUAUGACUCGGUCAAACCCAUCUCGGAUAGUUACAAAUUUAGUCCUUCGGAAGUGGUAGAAGUAGACAUUUCUCACAGCAAUUUGGAAGAUGUCCCAAGUUUCGAUGGGUUUUAUCACCUAAAACGAUUGAAUUUGGCAUAUAAUAAAAUACGCAGUGUUUCGGAUGAGACAUUGGCAUCUCUAAAAUAUUUGGAAGAACUAAAUUUAUCGCACAACCAAAUUUCUUACAUUUCCGCAAUUGCAUUUAAAAGUUUGUUUUCUCUUCAAAAAGUAGAUCUUGGUUGGAACAUGCUGAAAACUUUGUCAUUUUCCCAGGACAUUGCCAACCUGAAAGAGCUCUAUUUAAAUGAUAACUUAAUCGAAGAUAUUCUUCCGGAACUGCCGCUGAACUUUUCAAGUCUCAAAACACUUUCACUUGCUAAUAACACAAUAUCCCACUUACAAUCGAAAUCACUGAUGAAAUGUUACAAACUAGAAAAUUUGAAUUUGGCUCAGAAUCCUUUGCUAGAAGUACCGACUCAAACUCUACGUCAUGUUGCAUCAACAUUGGUUAAGUUAAAUCUCAGUUCGACACAUAUUACAACAAUUAGAAGUGAUGAUUUCGCUAACCUUCUCGUUAUUCAGGAGAUUGAUUUAUCCAAUACGAAAAUGGCAAAGAUAGAAGAGAAUUCGUUCCGAAAUCUUUCCAAACUGCUGCAACUUCACCUGAAUGAUAAUCAGGAACUGAAAGAGAUUCAUCAUGCCGCAUUCCGGUCUCUACCCUCAUUGCUGCUCCUUCACCUUCACAACUGUAAUUUAUCGUGCUUGCAUGACCUCAACCUACAACUGCUUCAAUCUCUUCAGCGUUUGACCCUGCAUGGCAAUCCACUUCUUUGUAAUUGCAAUCUAACAUGGCUUCAGCACUUCAGACAUACUACUGUGUUAGACCGACAAGGAAUAAAAUGUAUUAGUAAUAGCAAAAGAUAUCAAGAUUUGCAUACUUCCGGAAAAUCUCCCCCAAGGAUAGUUGGUUUGCCUGCUGCUACCGCUGUUAUGGAGAGACAGAGAUUAGUCCUGACUUGCAAUGCGAUCGGUAACCCAAGACCAACUGUCCAAUGGCGAGAUCCAACGGAUACUGAAACUCCAAAAGGGCAAUUCUUAAUUUUUGAAGAAAUCAAUCAGAAUCAAUCCGGUACCUAUCACUGCUUAGCAUACUCUGAAGUAGGUUCAGUUGAAGCAAAAAUUUCUGUGGAGGUCAUUCCUGAUCUUAAACUGCAAGUAUUUUCUAUCAAUUCAACAGUGGCAUUAGUGACCUGGAACGGAAGACUUCCGGUUAUUACAUCCAGACUUCGUAUUCGAUUUCGAGACAAUUCGACAGAAUUCGUGAGAGAUGCAGAAGUGGACGAGGAAAAGAUAGCAGUUCGAUUCUUUCGAGAAAUAUUUGCGGACAGUGUCGAAGUUUGCCUGCUGGAUGGUGAAACGGAGUUGAUUUGUGAUUAUUUUGAUAAUCGAGAUGAGAAGCAAAGUAGCUUCUUGUAUCUAAAUCUUUUCAUUAUUUUAUUUUGCUUCUUGCUUUGUAUUUAUAGUCUGAAAUCUAAGCUUAAGCAAGUAGAUCGGACAGUUAAAAUGAUGAGGAUGACAAUUAACCUGGAUAGGGGUCCAGUAUUUUAUAAUUCCAACGCUUUAGCAAUCGAAAUUGUUAGUAGGACAGAGUUAUAA